AUCCACUUCCUGGUUGGAUUGAGAUCUUCUAAAGUCACAACAGUUGCUCCGGUUUUUAAUCAUGGCGUCUUCUACAAAAUGAGCGUGGUGUCGCUGGCUGCCACUGAGCUGUUCCACGUCUCCAGUCUCACGGACAACGGGAAGCCGAGGACCAAGAGAAUGGAAGAAAAAGCGUUAGAAGUUUACGAUGUGAUCCGGUCCAUCCGGGACCCCGAGAAGCCCAACACCCUGGAGGAGCUGGACGUGGUGACGGAGAAGUGUGUGGAGGUCCAGGAGCUCGGAGAGGAGGAGUACCUCAUCAUCAUUAAAUUCUCCCCGACCGUCCCUCACUGCUCCCUGGCCACUCUGAUCGGCCUCUGCUUACAGGUGAAGCUGCAGCGGUGUUUACCAUUCAAACACAAGUUGGAGAUUUACAUCUCAGAGGGAACUCAUUCCACUGAAGAAGACAUCAACAAGCAGAUCAACGACAAGGAGCGAGUGGCGGCCGCCAUGGAGAACCCCAACCUGAGGGAGAUCGUAGAGCAGUGCGUCACCGAGCCCGACGACUGACGGGAGGCGGCCCCGCCCACCCAGAGGCCUCAGUCAGAGGACUUCCAUUGGUCUCCCAUGAGCACCACGAAUGCUGGGAGGCGUGGUGGACCGGUCGCUCCCUGCUGGUGGGCCGAGCGCCGGGGUUUUAACCCUCUCCUUUUGUUUUUAAGAAGUGUUUUUGUAAAUGACCAUGUAGUUAUCUUCAGUUUGUUACGUAGGACAAAGUCAAAGCUCCAUUUGUUAAGCUGCAUUCUCUAUAGUGCAGGGGAUGCUUUGGGGUCGGGGCUUACUGUGAUUGACCGCUCUUUAAAAGAACAUAAAGGAGGGGUUAUUUUAGGGCGGGGCUACAUGCUGACUGACAGGUCUCUACUGGAGACGUAUACGGUGUCUCUGCGUCCUCCUCAGCCCAGAUGAGGUCACUUCCUGGUUACUAGUUGCAACAAAAACAAGAUGGCGACAAUAAACCUUCCGAAGUCUCCGAAGAAAUACAUUUUUGUUGUUUCCAUGUGAUACUGCAACGGAAUAUUCUAGAUGGGAUUUAUUUUGAAUAAAGAAAAGAUGAUGGAUG